AUGUACCUGAUCACUGUGUUUGGAAACCUGCUCAUCAUCCUGACUGUCAGCUCAGACUCCCACCUUCACACCCCCAUGUAUUUCUUCCUCUCUAACCUGUCCUUUGUAGACAUCUGUUUCGUCUCUACCACUAUCCCAAAGAUGUUGUGGAACAUUCAGACCCAGAGCAAAGUUAUAACCUAUGAAGGCUGCAUCACACAAAUUUAUUUUUUCCUCCUCUCUGCAGUGUUGGACAUCUUCCUCCUGACUGUGAUGGCCUAUGACCGCUUUGUGGCCAUCUGUCACCCACUGCACUAUACAAUCAUCAUGAAUCCCCGGAUCUGUGGACUACUGGUUCUGGUGUCUUGGAUCAUGUUUGUCUCCUUAUUUUUUUCUACAAGCCUAGGAGUGUACUUUAGCUCUGCUGCUACCCAGAGUUCACACUCAAGUGCAGCAGCCUCGGUAAUGUACACAGUGGUCACACCCAUGCUGAAUCCCUUCAUCUACAGUCUGAGAAAUAAAGACAUAAAGGGGGCUCUGAAAAGACUCUUUGUGAUGAGUCCAGCCCCAGCGGAUCCAGGAGUACCCAAGGGAUGA